CCCCGGCCUUACGUAUUUCGUAAUGAUGGGAAUUUUGACCAUCUAUACCUCAUACAAGGAGAAGAGCAUCUUUCUGGUAGCGCACCGGAAAGACCCCACGGGAAUGGACCCUGACGACAUCUGGCAGCUUUCCUCAAGUCUGAAAAGGUUUGACGACAAAUACAGCCUGAAGAUGACCUUCAUCAGUGGCCGAAGCAAGCAGCAGCCGAGGGAGGCCGAAUUCACCCGCUCCAUCGCCAAAUUCUUCGACAGCAAUGGGACCUUAGUAAUGGAAACCUUUGAGCCCGAGGUCUCCAAGCUCCACGACAGCCUCCUGCUGGAAAAGAAGCUCAAGUAGGCUGCUGGCCACCUUCCCACUUAGAUCACGCUGAGCUUUCAAAGUCAAUAAAGCAAUCGAAGCCAACGCGAGACCCUCCCUUCUUUCUCUCUCCCUUCCUCGGCCCAUCUCUCUUUUGAGCAAAAAAAAAAAAAAGGACUUUAAUCCAGCACCGGCCAAGUCCAAAACUCACGGCCUAAGUUUUGGGUUGGUUUGUUUCCCUUUAGACCACCACGGAUGUCCAAUCUGGAACCGCGUAUAAGACUGGUGGACCUCAACGCCUAGAAUUCCCCAGCCGUGUGGAAUUCUAGACGUUGAAGUCGUCCCCCCCGGUCUUAAAAGUUGCCCAAAG